AUUUUUUUCACAUGUGGAAAGGUGUUAAGAUAUCCGCCUGAAAUCAUGAAUUACCUAACAAGUUGUUUUACACUUGGUGUUGUUUUCCUUUACUUACAGUUCCUUGGAGUUUCUUCACAGACCUGUUCUGAUUCUACAACAGCUGUAGGAAGAUGCCAAACCAACUUCACGACCUCAAUAAGUACAGACUCCUCCAAAGAUAACGUAUGCAGUGCUUCAAAAACGUUCCUUUCCUGUCUGGACCAAGUCAUGGAAAACUGCAAUUUGACCGAGGGAAGCCAAAUCAUAGCAAACGCUACACUAACUCUGGAUAAGUAUUCAUGUGGAGGCUGUGGCACGAUAAUCGGCAGUUUUCCACUACUGAUAUUUGGAAUUAUUAUGUACAUUUUCCUACAGAAUUUUGAAUAAAAUACGUUUCGAAACUUCGUUCA